CUGUCUGCUGCUCUCCCAACACCUCUCGCGCCCCACCAGUCAUUUACACUCAGUUCAUGAUGUCGAACGAGAAGAUCGAGGCCCAGCACAUAGACGAGAAGAAGGAUCUUUCCGGCAAGUUUAGACAUGUCGAGUCUGCCGAGGAAGAGGAUGGUCCUGAAAUCCUCUCGACGUUCGAAGAAAAACGUCUUCUUCGCAAGCUCGACAUGCGUAUUCUUCCUAUCGCCUGCCUGAUGUACAUUUUCGCCUACCUUGACCGGAGCAACCUGGGGAAUGCCCGGCUGCAGGGACUGCCCGCCGAUGUUCUUCACGGUGACGCGUCUGGAAAAGAAUUUGAUUGGAUCAACUCCGUCUUCUUUUUCUCUUAUAUCCUAUGUCAAGUGCCUGCGACUAUAUAUUCAAAGUUCGCGCCUCCUCGUCUCUGGUUGGGUGGCGCGGCGAUUGGUUGGGGAAUCUGUUCUACUCUCAUGUCCACCGGGUUCAAUAUGACUGGUUUAUUGGUCGCGCGAGUUGGCCUUGGCGUCUUCGAGGCGGGAUUUGGUCCAGGCAUACCACUUUACUUUUCGCUCUUUUAUCUUAAGGAGGAAAUCGGCCUCCGUCUCGCAUAUUGGUUUGGAGGUGCCGCGCUGGCGGGUUCAUUCGGCGGUCUGAUUGCAUACGGUGUUCAGCAAAUCCACUCAUCCGUCCAAAAUUGGCGAAUCCUCUUCAUCAUUGAGGGUAUCCCUGCCGUCCUCCUGGGGGUAAUUGCCAUCUUCUUUUUGCCGAACAGACCGGAGAUGACGAAGUUCUUCAACGAGGACGAGCGCAAGAUUGCCAUUUCACGGAUGAACCGUGAUAUGAGCGGCGACUCGGGAUACAACAUCAACAAGUCCCAUAUCUGGUCGGCGUUCAAGGACUGGAGGAUCUACGUUGGAGGCUUCAUCUAUUUUGGUGCAAACUGUGCUCUCGCGUCCAUCUCCGCUUUCCUUCCCACUAUCAUUACCACAUUCGGUUAUACGAACGCUCGGGCGCAGCUCCUCACGGUCCCUCCUUAUGCCGUCUGUGCUGUGGUCCUCACUCUCAUCUCGUGGUUCUCCGACCGAAUUCAGAGCCGUGGUAUCCUCACUGCCUGUGUCAGUUCGCUUGCUGGCCUUGGCUAUAUCUUGUUGUUGGUCAUACCGAACGACGUCCAUGUUCGUUACUUCGCGUGCUUCUGCAUCACUAGUGGAACGUACACCACCAUCGGCCUGACAAUUGCUUGGUUCGCCCACAACUUGGCCUCGGAGACGAAGCGUGCUACCGGUACACCGAUGUAUAUGGCCAUCGGUCAGUGCGGUAGUGUGCUCGGGUCGCAUCUUUUCCCCAACACCGACAAGCCCAGAUACAUCCGUGGCUUCUCUGUCUCGUGCGGGCUAUCCUUCUUCGGAGCUCUCUGCGCCAUCAUCUUGACCAUCCAUUACCGCUACGAAAACGCCCGCAGGGACCGUGUCUAUGGAAAGCGCGAACCCGGUGCCAAGGUUGAUACGCAAGAGCUCGCAGAUAGGGCUCCGGACUUCAGGUAUAUACCCUGAAUGCGAUUGGUGAUGGUACGAUCCUCCUGGGCCUGUACUACACAGGAAAAUUGUUGACGUUGAGAUUAUUUCCCGCUUGGACGGUCUUUUCUUGGUGUUCUAGCCGUGUUGCUGUAUGAGUAGCUCUUUGUACAUUCAAAACGGUGCUCUGUUCGCUGUUGUGUACUUUAUCUUGAAUAAUUCACCGACAAUGAAAUUAAC